AAAAAUAUCUUACAAUUAAAAAUACGAUUUGCAUCAUUACCGAUCUUCUUUAGAUGCUGUCUUAGUUGUACUUGCACGCGGUGGUCCAGUUAAGCAAAUCCAACGUUUGAUAUUCUCUUUCCUUUUACAGAUCUAAUCUGAACCGUCAGAUUAGAUCUCACUUUCUCUGAAGUCUGAACAGAGUACACAGAAACGAAAGUGGGAAUGAAUCUAGACGAAAUUACGAUCUUACACCACCUCGUAUGCUCGCCUAUAUAAACCUUCGCCCCUCUUCCUUUCUCCUUCGUACUACCACCACCACAUUUCUCUAACAGUAUCCAUUACUAUCUCACCUUCAGAUUAAAAAAUGGAGUCUUUUUUGUUCACCUCCGAGUCAGUCAACGAGGGACAUCCCGACAAACUCUGCGACCAGAUCUCCGACGCUAUCCUCGACGCUUGUCUCGAGCAAGACCCCGAAAGCAAAGUCGCUUGCGAGACAUGCACAAAGACCAACAUGGUCAUGGUCUUCGGCGAGAUCACCACCAAAGCCAACGUCGACUACGAGAAGAUCGUCCGCAAAACUUGCCGUGAAAUCGGUUUCAUCUCCGACGACGUUGGCCUAGACGCUGACAACUGCAAGGUCCUCGUCAACAUCGAGCAACAGAGUCCCGACAUCGCUCAAGGCGUCCACGGCCACCUCACGAAGAAGCCUGAAGAGAUCGGAGCUGGUGACCAAGGUCACAUGUUCGGUUACGCCACCGACGAGACUCCUGAGCUCAUGCCGCUAAGCCACGUUCUCGCGACUAAGCUUGGAGCUAAGCUCACUGAGGUUCGCAAGAACGGGACAUGCGCGUGGUUGAGACCAGACGGUAAGACGCAAGUCACCGUUGAGUACUUAAACGAGAACGGAGCUAUGGUCCCUGUCCGUGUCCACACUGUUCUAAUCUCGACGCAGCAUGAUGAGACUGUGACUAACGAUGAGAUCGCAGCUGAUCUCAAGGAGCAUGUGAUUAAGCCUGUGAUCCCAGAGAAGUAUCUCGACGAGAAGACCAUCUUCCACCUCAACCCUUCUGGUCGUUUCGUCAUCGGAGGUCCUCACGGUGACGCUGGACUCACGGGGCGUAAGAUCAUCAUCGACACUUACGGUGGUUGGGGUGCACAUGGAGGUGGUGCUUUCUCAGGAAAGGACCCGACCAAGGUUGAUAGGAGUGGUGCUUACAUCGUUAGGCAAGCGGCUAAGAGUAUUGUUGCUAGUGGGCUUGCGAGGCGUUGCAUUGUGCAAGUCUCGUACGCCAUUGGUGUCCCUGAGCCGUUGUCUGUGUUUGUGGACAGCUAUGGAACUGGGAAGAUUCCAGACAAGGAGAUUCUUGAGAUUGUGAAGGAGAGUUUUGACUUCAGGCCAGGGAUGAUUUCGAUUAACUUGGAUUUGAAGAGAGGUGGUAAUGGUAGGUUCUUGAAGACUGCUGCUUAUGGUCAUUUCGGAAGGGAUGAUGCUGACUUCACCUGGGAGGUUGUGAAGCCACUCAAGUCUAACAAGGUCCAAGCUUGA